GAGAGUGACGUUCCGUGACCCCUCAUCCUCGAGUGAAACCACCACCGUGCCAAAGUGGAAACAAUAUUCGGGGACGAAGCACACGAAACGAAACGUUUCAACACCGGAGAGGCAACCAUUAUCCUAUCGCACCAGCCUACGGUAAGUUAUUCGUACUAUGAUGGGUAUUUCUAAUUACAGUAUUGUCCUAUGGAUAGACCGACCAUCCCCGCAAGCAAACCGCCAUGGAAUCUCCCCGCAGCGCCUCUCGAGACCAUAGGGGAGGGAGGAGGGCUCUGGGGGCCUACAGCAUCCGGCCUACUGAAAGGCAACAAUCCAUCGUACACGCGUACGGGUACAAACCUCGCGGACCCCCCUAUCCAGAGACGGCGAUACUGGCACCAGGGUACAGUGGUACAGUACGAGUACGAGUACAUACCGCCAGCAGGAGGAAACUCCCUCCAAAUAGCGGGCGUGAUAUCUCCAUCACCCUCCAAGUCGGCCUGGGGUUCCUCGUCGUCACAGCAACGAGAGGAAGAUUCCCCUGUCGUCUUAUACUCGAGUAUACGGUAUACGGACCGAUACCGCGGCGGAUCAACGGUUGUAUGAUAAAUAUAAAAUUGGCGCUUUAAUUUCUCUUGACGCUCGGCACCUCUGUCUCUUUCAUGAAACCUGAACCACGAUGGGGUGAGGUUACCAUAGUUAUUUAGCAGAGGGUUGGACCAACGAGUCGGAAGAGCCGGCUGGUCAAGCGUUUUCUCGGCGGCUAGUGUGACGUAACCCAAAAGGUUGGGGUCCAAGCGAAAGGAUUUGGCUGAGGAGACAGGAGGAGGUUUCAUCUGAUUGGUUCCGGGGUGGCGGGACUAUUUUUAACCGGAGAAAAAAGAGGGAGACAGAGCUAAAUGACCCGUUUGGGGGAAUUAACAAAGAAGAAUGGGUCUCGGGUGGUUAACUGUUUGAGUUAUUUUGAUGCCUUUUCUUUCCUGGAACGAUUGCCGUAUCCGGCCUCAAUGGUGGCAGUGGCGAGUGAUCUACAAGAGGCGUGCCAAAAUGACGUUAACCCGCUUAAGAGAAGGGGAGGCUGACUCGCUAGUAGGCUUAAACUCGAUUCGGUUGGGUAACCUUGCUUUUUAACAGUGAAUGGGCCAAUGGCAUCCUCGGAUCCGCACAAUGACGGAGGAUAACCAUGGACGCGCUUUGUUGCAAGCAUGUUCCGCUGAUGCCAGAUCCUGAUCUCCCAUUCGCUCAACCUCAACCUCAAUGGAGACAGACAUGAGGAUUUUUUUUCUCUCCACCGCCUCUCCAUCUUAACGGGUUGGGCGACGUUUGAGGAGGAACCCCCUGACCCUGACCGUCGGUUCUCUCUCUCCGUAUUCUAUUGGCCGUACCGGGCUGAAUGGGGGGAGAUGGAUCGGUUCAUGUUGGCAGAGUCAUUCAUUCAUGCCUGAUUGGAGGGUCGAGCUAUCUUGGGAGAUGGGACCCGCUGGGAGGCUUACCGUCUCCCAAGAUAUAUACCGCGUACCCUCCCCCACCCCCUCCGUAGUAUUUCCACCUCCACACAUCAUCACCACUGCCAUUCUCAUAGGGGCCCGUCUUUCAAUUUGCCUACGGGUUCCCUUUCCCUUCUAUUUCCUUUUUCUUUCUUUUCUUUCUUUCCUUUCUGUUUCUUAUUUCCUUGUUCGUCUUUUCAACUUUACUGUUUCUCUCUUUCCUUUCUUCCUUCCCUUCUCCUUCUUGAGACAACAAACCUCCAUCAGUUUCCAGCUCUUAUAAUUCCCUUCUUUCCUUUCCAUCAUCCGCUGGCUGGUUCCGCCUAAUCUAGAUAUAAUUAUUACGAAAAACCUACGGUAGCAGAAACGACAACCGUCAUUCCCUCAUUUCCAGUCAAACAUGGACGGCACACAUAUGUAUACAACCGACGCUCCAAGCUACGAGGAUGCCAUGAAAGCUAGUAGACGAGCCCCACCAACCACUCACGAAUUAACCCCUUACCUUGGAUUGCGUGCUCGUCUUUCCCAGGUCUGGUUCAACCGAUGGACGCUGCUUCUCUUCCUUGUGCUGGUAAGGGUCAUCCUUGCCACGCAAUCGCUCGAUGGGGACCUUAGAUCCGCACGGAGGGAGGCACUCUCGGCCUGCACCGGUGUGGAGAGCAUGGGCUCCGCCAUGGCUUCCAUGCCGCAUUAUAUGUCCAAGGGGGUGAACGAGGUUGCGGCAUUGGGCAUCGAGACCGGUGUCAAGGCCCUCGAAAAGACGCUGCUACUUCUCAUCACCGGUGUCCAGGAAAUCGUCGUCUUUGUCGUGAACAUGAUCACCUCUACCUACGUCUGCUUGAUCACCCUGGCCAUCCAAGGUUCCCUCGGUGCCGUUCUCGAGGCCACCGAGAAGAUUGCCGACUUUGUCAACAACACCAUGGGAAAGAUCUUUGAUGACGUUGGAAGGGAGGUCAAAACCGUCCAGGAUGGCAUCAAUAAGGUCUCCCAGGCUCUGGAUAAGGUUCCCAAUUUCUUCGGAAGCGAUGUCAACUUUCCCGAUGUCAAGUUCCCCAGCCUUGAUGAGUUGAAGAAGGUUCAGAUCCCGACGAGCUUCGACGAUGACUUGGCGAAACUGAAGGACAGCAUCCCCACCUUUGAUGAGGUGCAGAAGGCUGCCCACGACGCCAUCAGGAUUCCAUUUCAGCUCAUCUCCGUAUGAUCUAUCCCCUCCCACCUCUGCUGCCCGGUGACUGACAAUGACUAGAAAAAAGUCAAUGAAUCCAUUGGCGUGUACGAAUUCGAUCGUUCCGUAUUCCCCGUCCCCCAGAAGGAGAAGCUUACCUUUUGCUCCGACAAUCCCAACAUCAACAACUUUUUCGAUGGCCUGGAGAGCACCGUCGAAAGGGUCAAGAAGAUCCUCGUCGGGGUCAUCGUCUGCUUGGCCCUCGUCGCGGUGGUCCCCAUGGCUUACCGUGAAUGGUGGAACUGGCGAACCACCCAGUCCCGCGCCUUUAUGCUUCAUACGGCGCCGACAUACGAUCCCAUCGAUGUGAUCCAGAUCGCGUCGCGGCCGUACUCCUCCUCGGUCGGCCUCAAAUUGGCUGGCCUGUUCAAGUCUUCGCGACGCCAAACCCUCGUUCGCUGGGCCGUCUCCUACGCGACGUCGGCUCCCGCGCUUUUCGUCUUGUCGCUCGGACUAGCAGGGCUGUUCGGCGUGUUGGCUCAGUACAUCCUGCUGAAACAGGUUGAGAGCGCGGCUCCCGCGUUAGCUGCCGAGGUUGGGGAAUUUGCGGAUAUCGUCGUUAAGGAGCUCACCGCCGCUUCGACGAGUUGGGCGGUGAAGACGAACGAGGCGAUCAACAGCACAAAUUCGGAUAUCAACAAAGAGCUCUUCGGGUGGGUCGUUAACGGAACCGAUUCCCUGAACGACACCCUGACCGUAUUCGUCGACAAGAUGUACGAGGGCGUCGACAAGUUCUUUGGCAACACACCCUUGGCCAAUCCGAUCAAGGAAGUCCUCAACUGCCUCAUCGGCAUCAAGGUCAAGGGGAUACAGAAGGGACUAACAUGGGCCAACGAGAACGCCCACAUCAACCUCCCGCUCCUCCCGAACGAUACCUUCUCCCUGGGCGCCGCCGAUUCCAUAGCCCCGGAGGCAUCCGGAGCGGCUAGCUUCCUCUCCGACACCUCCUCCCAGGCCUCCGACAUGAUCACCGACGUGGUCAUCAAGCUCACGACAAAGUGGGAAAAGAUGCUCACCGAGGAAGCCAUCAUAUCGGCUUGCAUAGUUGGCAUCUGGAUCCUCGUGCUCAUAAUCGCCCUCGUCCGAACAAUUGCCCUAUUCUACACCUCCGGCAAGCACCGCGGCGAAGCCGGCGGUCUCCCUCCCAUGCCGGUCACACAACGGUCCGCUCCCCCAUCUAUCGCGAAUAAUAAUGAUAACGGUAGCAGUCGAGCUGUUGUGUCUCCGGUAUUUCCGGCGUUUGGUGGGAACAGCAAUAACAGCACUGGGGGCGGUAGCUCCACGAGUGGAGACAGUAUGUCGCCUGCAGAUGCGUACUACGAACCCGACGAGAAGGAUCCGAAUGCGCGCUGGUUGCAGGUUGGUGGCUCCGUCGCCGUGGAGAAUUCGCAGGGGGAGUACAGACGGAGUGUGCACGCUAGCGUUCACCCUGUUUACUCGGGGAAGCGUUGACCUAUCGUAGUUGGGGUAUCGGGUUAACACUAACAAUGCAAUAAUAAAAAAAAGCGGGUUUCCUUUCUUCCCUUUUGUCUUGUCUUUUUAUAUUUUCAUUGGGAUUGGUCCUUUUUUGUUUUUUAUUCAUUCAUAGCGUCGCAUUAUUUUUCCUGCUUUGUUUGCAUUUGUGCGUGUUCAUACCCCAGUUGUUGUUUUUAACUCGGCGGACUGUAUGAUGGAUCAUGACUUAUGAUAGAUUAUUAAUACCUUUGUGUUGUGGUGGGGUUUGUUAGCGGUGUGGAGGAGAGGAGAGGAGAGAAGGUGGACUACUGUGCGGGGAGAAAAUGGUGGUGUCAUUUGGGGUAUAUUUGUGGUGGAUCGACAUUCGCUGCAUACAGGCAGUGUUGUGUGUUUUUUUUCCACAAUUGGGGGGGUUGGGGUAGAUAGUGCAGACGUUGUUGAAGCGUUAUCUCUGCCGAUUUUUUGUUGUUCCGGUUCAGUUAACAAUAUUAUUGCUGUGAUGAG